AUGCUACUGUACAGCGAUGUUGUCUCUGGAGACGAGAUGUUCUCCGAUGCUUUCCCACUAAAAACUGUCGGCGAUAUCGUUUAUGAAGUUGACUGCUCCUUGAUCACUGUCAAAGCUGGGGCUGAUGUAGAUAUCGGUGCCAACCCAUCAUCUGAGGAUGCAGAUGAGGCCCUUGAAGAUGGAGCAACACAAGUCAACAACGUUGUUUACUCUUUCCGUCUUCAAUCCACGUCGUUUGACAAGAAAUCCUAUCUCACUUACCUCAAGGGUUACAUGAAGAAAAUCAAAAACCAUCUACAGGCAGUCAAUCCUGACCGUGUGGAGCCUUUUGAGAAAGACGCGGCCGCUUUUGCAAAAAAAGUUGUCGCAAAUUUCAAAGAUUAUGAAUUUUACACCGGUGAGGGCAUGGACCCUGACGGUAUGGUGGCACUGCUUAAUUACAGGGAGGAUGGCGUCACCCCCUACUUCACAUUCUGGAAAGACGGACUGAAGGAAGUGAAACUUUGA